AUGCGUCUUCUCACAUACAACGAAGACGAUACCCUCGCCAUCAAGAGCUUUCACGAUGAGCCGGUGCCUCCUUAUGCGAUACUUUCUCACACUUGGGGGGAAGAAAAAGAAGAAGCGACAUAUGCAGACAUCAACAAUGGAGUCGGUCAGGGCAAGGCUGGCUACGAGAAGAUCCGGUUUUGCGGCACACAAGCACGGCGUGAUGGCCUACAGUACUUCUGGAUAGAUACUUGCUGUAUAGACAAAGAUGAUGGGACUGAGCUUGCUUUCAGCAUCCGGUCGAUGUUCACAUGGUACCGGAACGCCACGCGAUGUUAUGUAUACUUGUCAGAUGUUACAAGUCCCACUUCGGCUGUCAAUAGCGAUCUCCCUAAGCAUCACGGUAUACCACCUGAUCGUCAGGCACAUCAAUUUGAAUUUUCGAAAAGCAGAUGGUUCACGCGAUGCUGGACAUUACAGGAACUUCUGGCUCCAUCUGAGGUCUACUUUUUCAACAAAGAAGGAAACGAGAUUGGUGAUAAGCUGUCGCUGAUAUCAGAUUUAUCCCGGAUUACAGGCAUUCCUAAAUCCGCAUUACAAGGUGCAGCAUUGCCUCAUUUCAACAGUGUGUACGCUCUUAUGGGCAUCUUUGGUGUUAGUGUAUCUCCAGUUGAUAAGGAGAGCCCAGCAGAAGCGAUGGUCCGAGUCGAACGUGAAGUCGACAGGCAAAAUAAGUGUGUCCAGGACCUACAAUCUGCCAAUCCUUACGAUGACAAGACACGUAUUGAAGCAACAAAGGGCGGUCUACUGGUCGACUCAUACCGCUGGAUCAUCGACAAUAGCACCUUCAAGAAGUGGCAACAAGACCUUAGCACUCGACUACUCUGGGUUAAGGGCGAUCCUGGUAAAGGCAAGACGAUGCUGAUGUGCGGUAUAAUUAACGAGGUGCAGAAGACAAGACAAAAUAACACAAUCGCGUACUUCUUCUGCCAAGCCACUGAUACGCGUAUCAACAAUGCUGUAGCGGUAUUGCGGGGCUUGUUGUAUAUGCUCGUGAUUCAGAACCCAUUACUUACUUCCCAUAUUCGAAAACGGUACGAUCAAGUUGGCAAGAAGCUAUUCGAGGACACAAAUGCUUGGGUAGCCUUGUCACAGAUUUUUGUGGAAAUGGUGUGCGACAACGACUUGAACACGGUUUACUUAUUUGUUGACGCUCUUGAUGAGUGUGUCGCAAAUUUACAUGAACUGCUGGACCUAAUAAUUCUUACUACCGCCAAAUCGCCUCAUGUGAUGUGGCUGUUGACUAGCCGAAACGAGAGCCAUAUCGAGCAGAAAUUGAAGUCGGUCACUGACAAGGCUAGACUGAGCUUAGAACUGAAGCAAAACGCUAGCCAAAUCAUGAAAGCGGUAGAAGACUAUAUUGACCACAAGUUAUCUUCACUCGACAUUGUUGAAGGAGAUGGCGUGCGCGAUAAGAUUAGAGAUGAGAUGCGGAAGAAGGCCGACGGCACUUUUCUCUGGGUCGCCUUGAUGAUACAAGAGCUCGAGAAACAUGACUGCUUCGAUCCUCUAGCGGUAGUGGAAACGACUCCAGCGGGUUUAGACCAGUUCUACGAUCGAAUGUUAAGCCAGAUCGAGCAGAACCCAAGGUCUGCAGAUAUGCUCCGGAUUCUACUUUGCACGAUAACAGUUGCAUACCGUCCGCUCUACCUCGCUGAAGCAGGAAGUUUGUGUGCACUACCAGGGACCACAGAGAUGCACCGAAAAAUCAUAGCCUCAUGUGGCUCAUUUCUUACCAUUCGCGACGAACAAGUCUAUCUUGUCCAUCAGUCGGCAAAAGAAUAUCUUAGCCACAAGAUGCAGAACAAUUGUCUUCCUUUCCCAAGGACUAUCCACUAUCAGCUAUUCACUCAGUCCAUCAAGAUAUUAUCAAGUACGCUGAGGCGCGAUAUCUAUGCUCUGGAGCAGCCUGGUGUCUCAAUCAAUGACGUGGAAACACCUAGCCCUGAUCCGCUCGCGAAUGCACGUUACUCAUGUGUCUACUGGGUUUAUCACCUUCGCGCGCUGGACCCCAAUUUCGUCGGCAAGCCCAAUGCCCAUCAAAUUGCAACAGUAAUUCAAGAAUUUCUAAGAAAAAACUCCUUUAUUGGUUCGAAGCGUUGA